CUAUGAUCAAACGACAACCGCCGUAACAUCAACACCCACGAAUACCACCCAAGCGACCAUUAUCUCCGCUAGCGAGGUGAAGCAUAUUAGAUUCCUACCAAGGCUCAGGCCCAGUCACUUCUAAUCUGCGACUCCCAAACCACAAACAACGAGCAGGCGCUUACUGUUGCGACGAUGUCUGAAGAGAGGCUCUGGAAGUUCCAGAUCCCGGAAUGGGUCAAUAGCUCCAUGGUGCGGAGCGCGGGCGUGUAUGCCGCUGGGGGAUUGUUCUCCCUCGCCUUCUACAUCCUCCUCGACGCAGCCGUCUACUCCAAGUCCCCCCUCAACGGCUCCCUCCACACCCACAUCACCUUCAUCGACUGGCUGCCCUUCAUCUUCUCCACGCUGGGCAUGCUGAUCAUCAACUCGAUCGAGAAGUCGCGCCUCUCCGCCGACUCGUUCUCGUACUCCGGGUCUGGCGUCGCGUGGAAGGCGCGCGUUGUGCUGUUCCUUGGAUUUGCUUUCCUUGCGGGCGGCAUGGCUGGAGGUGUUGCCGUGUUCGUCAUGAAGUAUAUUGUGCCGGGCGUGCCGUGGCCGACGCUUGGGAUGGGGUUGGCGAAUGUGUUGGCGAAUGCCGGGGUGAUGCUGAGUUCCGUGCUGCUGUGGAUUUCGCAGAAUAUGGAGGAUGAGUAUGCGUAUAACCUGGCUCUGUAAUGGAGGGGUUUGCACGUGGUGGGUAGGCUGGGGACGUGUGGAGGGGCUACGACGGUGAUGGGAUUGAUGUCAGUUUUUAUUGCGAGCAUGCUUGUAACAUAGACAAUCUCUAAUGGGAAUUGGAACCUUG